AUGACUGAUACAGAGGCAAAUCUUCAAUCGGACUCCUCAGAAUCAAAAAUAUCAAAAAAAUCAAAACUAAAUUUAAUUCUAAGGACCAUAUUUCAUGGGUGUUGUUCAUUUCUCUUCGUGUUUGUGAUAUCAUGGGGUUUUAUGAUAUGGAUCACCAUGCAAGUCGACGACACUACCGAUGAUAAUUUGCGGUAUUUGAAAAAGUUGACGCCAUUUUUUUUCACGAAUUGGAAUUUCGCAUUCCAGAUUAUAUUCCUGAGUCUCUCGCUGCUGUACGAUGCGCUGGAGUGGUUGGACAUGAGCGGUGGGAGGCUGGCUACGAAGAUUAAGUACUGGAGGGAUGUUGUUUUCAUGGGAUUGGUGGUACCGUACACCCUUUUUGUAACAUCAAUGUUCUGGAUUGUCUACGCUAUCGACCGUGAGCUGGUCUUUCCGAAGGUCUACGACUCGGUGGUACCAUGGUGGUUCAAUCAUUGCGUCCAUACAAACAUCACGAUUGUGGUUAUCAUCGAGACUUUGCUCCAGGCGAGAAGGAAACCCGCUGACCGGAAGGUUGAGCUGAUACUCUACUUGUUCAUUGCGUUAUCGUACACUGUUGUGUACUACACGAUCUAUUUCGUGACUGGCCGCUGGCUGUACCAAGUCUUCGGUGUUAUGAACUGGUGGCAAGUUUGUCUAUACCAACUUUUGAUUUGGGGAUCGUCAUUCGCCUUCUACUUAAUUCAAUGCCCUAUAAAUCGAUUGAUUCAUGGUAGCGAAGAUAAUGAAUUAGAUUUAAAUAAUACAACAAUCGAAAAUAUACAAACUAUCGAAAAAAUUAUACAAAACGGAAAUGAAAAUGAAACGGAUUUAUCAUCAAAGAAUUCUUGGAGUUUGAAAUUCCGUGACCUUAAAGAACCUUUAGAAAAUUCUAGAUUGUGAUAAUUUUGUUAAUAUAUAUAAAAAUAAUUUUCGUGUUAUUGCUAAUGAUAAUAGUGCAAUGGUGAUUAUUAAUAGGUGUUAAGAAGGAGACAAUAGCUGUCAAAUAUCUAAAGCAAAUACAAUUAAAUGAUUUACAAAAACAAUAAUUAAAUUAAAAACGAAAAAUACCAUCAACGACAAUGGAAAGAUAAAACAUCAUUAACAUGAUGAUGAACUUUUUAUAUUAGUUACAAUACGUUAUUAAAUAGCCUGUUAUGACCAAGUAUAUCGUCUUAGUUCUAAUAAAAUUUGUAUGAUUGCUUUUGAAAAGAAAAAAAAAGUAUUUGAAGUAAAUCAUGUAACAAAAGUA